UUGGGACUCCACCCCUGUUCCCCUCCACAGCACGGAGUCAGCAGAAGUGCCCGAGCAGAGCGAGGGUCCCAACUAGCACCAUGGCAGAGCCCGGCAAGCCUGUCCUGUACUCUUAUUUCCGAAGUUCCUGCUCCUGGAGAGUCCGCGUAGCUCUUGCCCUGAAAGGGAUCGCCUAUGAGACCAUCCCGGUUAGCCUCAUCAGGGACGGGGGGCAGCAGUUCACGGGCGAGUUCCAGGCAGUGAACCCCAUGCAGCAGGUCCCAACCCUCAAGAUCGACGGCAUCACCAUUUCCCAAUCGCUGGCCAUCAUCGAGUACCUGGAGGAGACGCGGCCCAGCCCGAGCCUCCUGCCCCGGGAUCCCAAGAAGAGAGCCAGCGUCCGCAUGAUCUCCAACGCCAUCGUCGCCGGCAUCCAGCCCCUGCAGAACCUGUCUGUCCUGAAGCAAGUGGGACAGGAGAAACAGCUGGCCUGGGCACAGCAGUACAUCUGCCAGGGCUUCAAAGCUCUGGAGCAGAUCCUGCAGGGCACCGCCGGGAAGUACUGCGUGGGAGAUGAGGUCUCCAUGGCCGACCUCUGCCUGGUGCCUCAGGUAGCCAACGCUGAGAGGUUUAAGGUGAACCUUGCCCCCUACCCCACCAUCAAGCGCAUCAACGAAGCGCUGCUGAGGCUUGAGGCCUUUCAAGUGAGCCACCCCUGCCGGCAGCCCGACACCCCUCCGGAGGUGCGAGUCUGAAGCCCCGCCUGAUUCAUCCCUCCCGGCGGCUACCCCCACAGCCCCCCGCGACAGGGGCAACAAGGCCACCAGAAGAUCCAUGCCUUCCUCCUCCUGCCACCCAACACCAGUCUCCUUUCCCCGCUGUGACGCAGGAGGAGGAGAAAGCUAUCUGUCUCUGUAAAGGAGGAGAAAUCUAUUCUGGCUGGAACUGGGCAGGAAGAAACUGAAUAAAAACCGAAGAACCGAA